AGUCGCGGGAAUCUUUGUGGGCUGCUCCGGGCGGCGACGGCGACGGCUGCGGCGGUAUCUCGCGCAGGUCAACACAGCUAGAUCUCUCUGCGUGUAUACAAGGGCGGGCAGCUGGUUCGGUUGCUGGUGGGUGGUGGGUGGGAGGAGGAGGAGGAGAGGAGGAGAGGGAGGUUGAGAGGUAUGCCCAUGGAGCACGGGAGGAGGCAGGGGGUGGUGGCGAUAGAGUGCGUGGCGGGCGGGUCGAGGGCGGAGGAGUGGGGGCCGGGGAGCAGCGAGACGGUGCAGACCGGGGACGUGGUCGAGGAGCUGCUGAUCGGGGUCGGCAGCCGCGGGGGCCCGGCGGCGCACGCCGCGCCGUUCAAGGGCGGGCGCGGCGCCGUGCAGAGGCUCCUGCACUCAGCGUACAAGCGCGGGGACACGUCCGUCGAGGUGCGGGUGAGGCGCCCCGCGCACGCCGCGCAGCAGCAGCUGGUGGCCGGCGGGGAGCUGAUGCCCUCCGCCGCGCCGGGGUCGGGGUCGGGGACCACGACGGCGAAGAUGCAGGCCUGUAUCGUGCCGCAGGAGGCCGCGGUCGGCGGCGGCGCCGGCGCGAUGAUGGCCGUCGUCGGCCGCAGCAGGCAGUACGUGCUCCGCUCGAUCCGCGACCCCAACUACGCCGUCGGUUUCGUCGAUCGCAUGGAGAGCGAGUGCAUCGCCAUCCGAGGAUCGAGGAGCUCGAGGGUGGUGUGCGCAUUGAGCAAGGCGCAGCUGCAGGACGGCUACGUGGCCUACCCGUGGGAGAAGAAGAUGAGGGAGGCGCUCCCGAUCCCUAACUCCAGCAGCUUCCUCUCCAUGCUCGUGCUCCCCACGGCGCUCGACCGCGCCGCCUCCCGCUACAACUCCGUCGAGGACACCCUCGCCCGCGCCAACGCCUGGGUCCUCUCCUCGCAGACGUCCGGGGUGCCCAUCGCCUUCCUCAACGUCCAGACCGAGGCCCUGCUCACCAAGAUCUCCGGCGAGACGGCCUCCGCGACGGUCAACUCGGGCUCACUGGCUGACCUGCCGAACCUCGCCAACGCCAGCCUUUACGGGUUCGAGGACUACCACGGCGUGGACAUCGGCGUGGUGAAGGCUGUGCGCGUCUGGUACACCGCCUCCGCCGGAGAGAUGCCGGUGGAGAUCACCCUCGAGGCCGGCGACACCAAGCUCGGCUUCGCCAUCAGCCGCACCGAGGAGGGCUUCAUCUACAUCUCGUCGGUCAUGGAGGACGACAGCGGCUUCCUGGCGCCGUCGACGAGGUCGGGCCUCCGCGACCUGUACCGGGAGGCGAAGCGCGCGUCCAAGCUGCUGGUGAUCUCCAGGGUGUCCGGGCAAAAGGUCCUCCCCUGGAUGGUGUCCACCUCCGGCGCCAUCCGGUGCUUCGACACCGUCUCGCUCAGCCAGAAGCUGUCGCUGCACCGGCACGCCCUGCGCCCGAUCCUGCUCCACCUGCUCAUGUGGGAAGGCAAGUCGGCCGACGCGCCGGCGCGCGCUCACGAGCCCCGCCUCCCGCCCCAACCGGCGCCGUACCCGGAGUUCUCCGCCGAGCUCCUGCGGCAGGGUUCGUUCGGCGUCGAGCUUCCCCGCCCCCGGCAGGACUCGUUCGGCGUCGAGCUGGUGCGGGAGGACUCGUUCGGCGUCGAGCUGGUGCGGCAGGACUCGUUCGGCGGCGAGCUACUGAGACAGGACUCGUUCGCGUGCACGGAGCCGCCGGUGCGGAGAGCGGAGCCGGGAAUCAUGCAGGGCAGGGACACUGCAGGGGACACGUCCUUCAGGUUCCAUAAUUUCAAGCUGCCCAACAACUGGGUCUGAUGGACACGAAGGGGGGCAAGUCCAGAAGUGCUAUGCUCGGUGUUGAUGUACAUAUGUAUAUUUCGAUGGGUGGCUUUUGUGUUCAUACAGACUAUGCAGAAUGCAGUGCAUUGUAGUGUGAUAGAGCUUACGUAGAGUAUAAUUUUGGCCGAUGGAUAGUGUUCUGUUUCAGCCAUACUUAGUUUGAGCACUUUCGAUUGUGCUAGGAGAAGAAUAACAGUUUCAUGUUGGAUUUGAAGUAGGAACUCAU